CUGUAGUGAAAUUUGUGUCUCGAUUAUGAAUUUUCCGUGUUGCUCGGUUUGAUCAGGGAAAGACCAUGUAGUUGCCUCUUCUUUGUCAUGCAAGGAUGAGGUUGACUUUCAAUAUUAUAGUUCCUUUGUUUGGUUAGUGCAGCAUUCUUUGAUACUUCUCACUUUAUGGUCACUCUUUCCAACCUGUAAAUCACCUGUUCCGAGCGUGGGAGUUCCAACUUCUUUGACAAAAUAGUUCUGGUGCUUGUCUCAAAACAUUGUUUCUUUGUUAAUUGUGUUUUCUGAGCAUUUGAAAUGAUUUGAAAGUGUCAUUUUAAUGCCUCUCUCUGAGGUGCAUAUUAUCCCAUCAAAUAAAAGAAGUAUUUUUGUUAGUGUGUGAAAGAUCGUGAGUUAGUAUAGAGUAGAUGUCUCGACAUUCCUGUCAAUAAGUCGGCAUGGACUGAGCCGCCGAUAACUAGUACUUAUUUAUACUUUCUUGGUGCCGAAUGGAUCAAUAUUUGCCCCUUAGCUUGCUGCUCGCCUUGUGUUUGAAAAAAUGCCUAAGCCAAAUCUGUUGAGUGUUUGAGGUUUUGACGUUGCUAGAUCGAAUGGACCGAAUGAAUAGGGUAGUGCUAGCGUAACUCGAUACAUCACAAUGAAUGACGUGCUGUACUUUAUCUGGUGGCUUCCGAAUGAAUGGUGUGUUGCGGCUAGAAUUUGUUGUUGUGGGGGGGGGGGGGGUCAGAUGUUCAUUAAAAUUCCCCAGAGAAAAUUGAGUUGAAUGUCUCACCGGAUAAUCAUCUUUUGUGAAUGUGUACUAGAGAUGACGACAGUAUAUUAGAGAUGAUGUGGAGAGGACCUUGAACGAGUGGACUAAUUCUGUACCUGCACUGGUGUUGCAUAGGGUCCUGCUUCAUUCAUGGUUGAACAUAAUUUGUGAGAGUGCUUUUCCUGCUUUAUAAUGGUGUGUGAUGACGUACUGCUAGUUUGGUGCAUCAACUAGACUCUAUAUCUAAUUGUGAAUCGCAUUGAAACAAAUUUUUUUUCCAUUUGAGCAGUUCAUGGUAGUUUUGUCCGGAGAAUUCUGUGGUCUCCUAAUGAAAAUGCGCCCUCACUUGAGUGCGUAUGCUUGAAAAAUUCCUUGUUUUACUUGGUUAUCCAUCAAAACACUUGGGUAAGAAUAGUCCUCCUUACUUUUUUGGAAUAUGACUUCCACUUUUUAAAUUAGGAAGUUGUUUUCCUUAGUUUUGAACUUGGCAGUAUCGCAUGAAUUGUCACUCGCUGUUCAGUGUUUGAGCUCCUUAGAAUGAAUGGUAGUGCAUCACAUUUCAGCCCCUUGCAUUAAAUCGAUGUCACCCUUCAUGCUCAUUUUAUCAUGAUGGCAAUUUUUUCGGAUACUGUCAUCUCUAACUUUACAUAUACGGUAGUGGCUUGCUCAUGUACAUAAAUUUUCCAUGGAUGACAACCUCCAUUUGAAAAAAAAAAAAAAAGCCCAGCUGUGUUGCAUAUAUGUAUCGUGCGUGCGUAGUUUCUACAUUAUAGUUUUGGAUGUCUUUUCUGAUAAUGAACUCCACAUUCUAGUUUUCUGAGCAUAUACAUGAGUAUGGACAUCCGUAACAAUUGAUAUACAUCUAUUUCUCGUCAAGUAGGGUCAUUACUGAACUUAAACCUGCUGGAAUUAUCUUUCAAGCUUGCUGGUUGGGACUGUUUUAGUGUCAUUUUAAUCCCAAUUUGGUAUCAAUUUGGGUGCAAAUUUAUCGGAUGGCUGAAUCAGAGUUGCAGCAUGAAACUUCCCAUCUUGCACACGUAAUGCGUGAUAUGGAAAAAGAUUAUGAGUUUGCGGUAGGAAUGGUUUUUCCAAAUGAACUUGAAGCAUACGAUAAGUAUGUGGCCUAUGCAAUCGGCAAAGGAUUUGGGGUGAGAAAGGGUAAUAUGUUCAAAAAUGGUAAAGGAGAAUUAACCCGACGAACUUUUGUGUGCCAUUGUGAGGGGCAUUCUGUCAGCUCAUCUGAUCAAGAAAAGAAAUUUGAGAGGUAUGAAGUUAGAUAUGGCUGUCCUGCUCGUAUCGAAUUUAAGGUUAACAAUGGUGUCUAUGAAGUCAUGAAGCAUAUUUCUGAGCAUAAUCAUGCAUUUAUUCCGGAUGAUCAAAAGCAUUUGAUUAGAUGUGGAAGAAUCAUGUCUGAUACUUCUAAGAGUGUCUUAGUUGACAUGAGGAAAGCCGGCAUUGGAGGGACUACAGCGUAUAAGUUUUUAGCAAAUGAAGCUGGAGGAAGCAAAAACUUGGGUUUUAACCUGCGUGAUUGUCAAAAUUAUUUGCAAACGAAAAGAUCCGAUGGUAUAAGUGGGGGAGAUGGUCAAAGUGUUCUAAAUCAUUUUCAUCUCAUGCAAAUGCAAAAUCCAAUGUUUUCAUAUGAUGUAUAG